AACACACAAAUACGACACCGAACAACACAUGGACCCUCUCAGUACAGCACCAAAUACAAAAGCAGUCAAAUAAAAGACAACAAGACUUGGUAUCACUAUGUUACCCAUACGUUCUUUGGAGAAAUCCGUGCUUAUCAUUGUGCUGUGGGGUCUUUGCAGUUUGUUGUAUCUGGAGGGAGCACCGCUCAGCAAGAGGUCAAUCAGUGAAGUUCAGCUCAUGCACAACGUUCGGGAGCACAAGGAGAUGUUAGAAAGACAGGACUGGCUUCAGCUGAAGCUGAACAACAUCCUCAUUCCCUCAUUAAACGACUCCCAAAAGGAGCAAAAGGGGAAAAACAACGGCCCAUCUAUCAGACGUUUAAGAAAGGGGGAAGGUGCGACCUGGAUCAGGAACUGAUGUUUUUUGAAAAGCUUAUGAACUCUAAAUAAUGAAAAGUGUUUUCUCGGUAACAUCAGUGCAGGAGGAGGAGGACACAGUAAGUGUCAAUUAAAAUAUACUGCUGUACUUGGAGAAAGAAAGUGCACUGCUUUGCUUAUGUCUUUUUUAUUUAUUUAUUUAUUUAUUUUCAAAUAGUACUUUUAUUUAUUUGUAAAUAUUUGUUGUUAUUUAGAUAUUAAAGCAUAAUGUUCAGACCCUGUGUAGGACAUACAAAGGACAAUGUCUUAACCUU